AUGGAGACAAUAGGAAAAUUCGUUAAUCCUCAAUCUCCAUGGCGUUGGGAUGAUCAAAGAAAUACAUUAGUUCAUGAUAGGAAUGUAACUGUCGAAAAAGCUGAUAUUAAUUCUGAAACAGCUUCAGAAAAAAUCGAUCUAUGGAAUUUACCACCAGGAAGACGUCCUCCUGUUUAUGAAAAAUAUCCAUUAGAAACAUCAAAAGAUAAAACAGUUGUAUCAAUUGAAGAUAUUAUUCAUAUUGCAUUAAAUAUGGUUAGUGAUACAUAUUUUGUUCCUGAAAAAUUUGCUGAUUUUGUUAAGCGACCAGAACUUGAAGAUUUUUUUCUUCAUUUAAUCAAUUAUUUUUAUUGGUAUUUCGAAUAUAACGAGUCUCAAAUUGUAACAAAUCCACUUUGUGUAGAAUUUGAUUAUGAAGAACGAACUCGUAUAUCGAAUGCUGAAGCUCAUAUGAAUACAGCUCUUUUAUUUGUUGCACAAAAAUAUAGUAAUAUUGUUCUUGGUACUGGCCUUAAACAAUUUCAUCAUUUCUAUUGGAUCGAAGGCCUUGAUGGUGAUCCAUUAACAAAAAAACGAGAUAUUAUUCCAUAUAGUGGUCGUGUAUCACGAACAUUAAUUGAUCGUGGUUAUGCAGAAUUAUUAAUUAUAUUUGCUACAUUUCUUGUAUGGAUUACAUUUGAAAGAAAACAAUUUGAAACAAUUCAAACAGAAAUUGGAAGAAUUAUUCGAACAAAUGCUUUUCCAAAUCCAACUUAUAAAACAAUUCAAAUUCGAACUCGAUCAGUACGUACAACAACGAGUGAUUACACUACAAGUGAAAAUAAUGGAAAUCCAUCAAGUCAUAUGUCAGAACGAAAAAGUACUGGAGCAAGUCAUAAAAGUAUUCGAUCACAAAAAACAAUAGCAACAGCAUCGACCGAUAUGAGCCGUACUUCUAAUGAUAGUAGUAUAAGUGGAACCAAACGACAACCAUUUCAACGAUUAUUAACACAACGAUCACCUGUUGUUGUUACUUUACUUCCAACAGCACGCGAUCAAAGUGCUUGGUUAUUUUCACGACGUCAUGGUAAAAAUGAUGCACCUCCAAAAAAUCCUAAAAUGAUACCUGACAAUGAAUUUCAAAUACGAUAUGAAGUUGGUGUGCUUGGUCAACCGAUGGAUGCGUUAACAUUAAUCGUAAGUGGAGAUACACCAACUGGAAAUACAUCUGCUUCUCAACUGUCACAUAUUGAUAUGAAUCGACGAAGUAGUGGUACUGAUAGUGAUUCACAUUUUUUUCUCGCUCAACUCAAUUCUACAAUGGGUAACAAAAGUUCAAGCAAAAUUGAUCCUACAAUUCUUACACCAAAAGCUAUUCAAAUGCUAAAAGCUAAUACAAAUUUUACUGAAGAACAAAUUCGUGAAUGGCAUGCUGGUUUCUUACGUGACUGUCCCAAUGGACAUCUUUCGAAAGAUCGAUUCGUUACAGUUUAUGAACAAUUUUAUCCAGGUGGUAAAGCUAAAGAUUUUUGCAAGUAUGCAUUUGCUACAUUUGAUCGCGAUAAUAAUGGAACAAUCGAUUUUACUGAAUUUAUGCUAGCUAUUGCAUUGACACAAUCAGGUGAUCUUGAUGAACGUCUUGCUUUAGCAUUUGAUAUGUAUGAUUAUAACAAUACAGGAACAAUUGAUACAAGUGAAAUGGCGAAAGUUAUUUCGGCAAUGUAUGAUCUGACUGGUGAAACUGAUCGUAAAGGUGAUCGUGAUCCAAAACAUCGUGCUGAAGAAAUAAUUCGCAUUUGUGAUGUGACUGGAAAUAAAAAAUUAACGAAAGAAGAAUUCAUCGCUGGAUGUAAAAACGAUCCCGUAAUUCGUCGUCUACUUGUUCCUAAUGCUUAA